AUGAUUCCGUAUAUUUUGAACAUUUUACACAACUCUGGAACGUCGCAGGAUGUCUCUUCGAUUUGCUGGAAGUUGAGACAAUUCAAUUUUGCUGAACAAGUCACAGGAGAGGAACUUGAAGCCUCUACCAAGGAGGCACUCGAAAGAGUCGUAACCAUGGGACUUGUCCGAAAAAAUGCGGAAACAGAUACGUAUGCACUUGCAAACAAUUGGUUUGCACCUGAAGCACAGUCCUUCCAGAUGCAACUGCAUGAUGUUGUAAAUGACAUGCCGGGUGCUCUGGAUGAAUUAUCGGAUAAUUCUUCCAAAGAAUUUGCUACUACUUCCGAACUGCCGUCAGACUGUAUGGGACCGGGAAUGGGACAACGUCGAAGUCCUGCCCAGAUACGAGCAAUUGCCAUAUAUAGAAGGAUGCGCGAACAACGCGAACGGGAAGAACGUGAAGCAGCAAUGCGUGCCAGAAAACGGAAUAAGUCCCGAUCUCGAUCGCGAUCCCGCACGCGUCGUUCUAGUUCAAAGCGUUCGCAUACAACAAAUCGCCAGUCGACGGCACGUUCACGAUCACGUUCACGGUCGACUCCACGAACUCGCAGCACUAGCCGGUCCCGACGACGUUAA